UGGGAGCAGCGUCUGGGUGACCCUUGGCCCCCCCGGUUGGGGCGCAGCACACGGCGCGGCUGUGGCACGGGGACGGGGGCCGGUCAGUGGCGCGUGCCCCGGCCCCCCCAUCGGCACCGCGCGGCCCCAGCUCCGCCGGGGACCCCCCCCUGCGCCGAUCCGGCCCCAUGGGCCCCCCUGGGCUCCUCCUGGGCGUCCUGGGGCUGCUGGCUCUGGGGGCCGGGGGGGGGCCCGGGUCGCUGCCCGAGGACGCGGCGCAGGAACACGGCUACUACCUGCAGCAGCUGUUCGGGCAGUACGGGGCCAACGGGACGCUGCCCUUCGAGGGGCUGGCGCGGCUGCUGGGCAGCCUGGGGCUGGGCCGGGUGCGCGUGGUGCAGAUCCAGCACGAGGAGCUGGGCCACGGCCACGUCAGCCACCUCGACCUGCUGGAGGUGCAGGAGGAGAAGCACCGGCACCGACACCCCGUCUGGGAACACGGCGGGGACCUGGCACCCAGCGCCCCGCCGCCCACCCGCCCCCCCAGCCCCUGGCCCUCCCGGACGGAAAGCUGGACGAAGGCAGCGCCCACCAAGCCCCCCGGUGCCGGGGUCACCCCUGGGAGCCGCGGGGCCCCCCUGCCCCCCCGGCGGGACCAGCCCGGCCUGAGCCUGCUGGGGAGGGUGCUGGGCUUGGAGCACUCCAGCGCCGACCACCCGCACGACGAUUGCCUCAACGUCACCCAGCUGCUGGUGAAUUUUGGGCUGGACUCGGUGUCCCAGCUGACGCCGGAGCAGUUCACCCUCCUCUGCCCGGCCCUGCUCUACCAGAUCGACAGCCGCGUCUGCAUCCAGCACAGCGAUGAGGUGACGCUGCCUCCCCCGGGGGGGGCCCUGUGGCCAGCGCUGGGCUGGGGGCUCCUGGCCGUCACCUUCGUCAGCCUGCCCUCCGCCCUGGCUGUCGUCCUCGUCCCGCUGCUGAGCCGUGGCUUCUUCCGCUCGCUGCUGGCCUUCCUGGUGGCGCUGGCCGUGGGGACGCUCUGCGGGGACGCCCUGCUCCACCUCUGGCCCCACGCCCAGGGGAGGCACCAGGAGAUGCCGGUGGAGCUGGGGACCGCGGUGCUGCAGGGGCUGGCGGCGCUGGGGGGCAUCUACCUGCUCUUCCUGGUGCAGCUGCUCCUGGGGAUGCUGCGGCGGAGCCGGGAGGCCACGGGACGCUCCGCUGGAGAGACCCCCGACGUGGCCGCGGGGGUCCUGGCGUCGCUGCGAGGAGGGGCCGAGCUGCGACACCUGACGGCACCGGAGCUGGAGCCCCACAGACCCCCCCACAGACCCCCCCACGGACACUCCCACGGACACUCCCACGGACACUCCCACGGCCCCACGCUGCCCCCCAGCCCCGGGGCCACUGACAUCGUCUGGAUGGUGGUGCUGGGGGACGGGAUCCACAACCUGACGGACGGGCUGGCCAUCGGCGCUGCCUUCUCCCACAGCCUCUCCAGCGGCCUCAGCACCGCGCUGGCCGUGCUCUGCCACGAGCUGCCCCACGAGCUGGGGGACCUGGCGGUGCUGCUGCGGGCGGGCACGGCCCCCCGCACCAUCCUGCUCCUCAACCUGCUCUCGGCCCUGCUCUCCUGCCUGGGGGCAGCGGCGGGGGCGGCCGUGGGGCAGAGCGCGUCCCACCUCACCCCCUGGAUCCUCACCGCCACCGCCGGCGUCUUCCUCUACGUGGCCCUGGCCGACAUGCUCCCCGAGGUGCUGCGGGGCGCCGAGGGCCCCGGCGAGGGCACCUGGGGCCGCUUCCUCCUGCAGAACGUGGGGUUCCUGCUGGGCAGCGGCAUCAUGCUGGGCAUCGCCCUGGCCGAGGGGCACGUCCGAGCCUGGCUGCAGCCCUGAGCAGCCCCGGGGCUCGGUCCUGCUCCCCCCCCCGCCACCCACCGGAGCGGGGAAGCGCAUCUGGAGCCAGCAACGGCCGAGCCGGGAGGACGGCGGGAGCCCCCGACGUGCCCCGAGGACUGGACUUCCUCCCCUCCUCCUGAGACCCCCAGCAGCAGCCGCUGUCCCCCGGAGUCUCCGUGGCUCAGCCCUGCGCAGCCCCCCCGGCCCCUCGCCCCAGGGGUCCCCUCGCCGCCCGGCUCCUCUCCCGGGGGACCGGGGCACCCCGGUGCGGGAUGGCAGCGGGGGGGUGCACGCCCGGCUCCGGGGACGAGGUCGAGCGCGUUUCCCCUUCCCGCUCCCCCUGGACCGGCCGUCAGCAGAAAAAGGACGACAGGCCGUAGAAGCAAUAGCAUUUUAAUAAACAUAAUUGAUUCAAAGCCACAAUAUGAAUAACA